AUGGAUUUUUGCUUAAAAGACGACAACUAUUUGCAGUUUAAGGACAUUAUCUACAAACAAAUUUUUGGAAUGCCAAUGGGUAACCCUCUUUCGCCCACUAUUGCUGAUUUGGUAAUGGACCAUUUACUUGACGAAUGCUUAACUGAAUGUAAUGCAAAGCCAAAUUUUAUAGUGAAAUAUGUUGAUGACAUAUUUGCGGUUAUGGACAAGUAUAAAGUCGCAGACUUAUUAUUGAUCCUGAACGGAUUCCACUCCAAACUGCAGUUCACUGUUGAAAACGAAAAUAACAGUUCUAUAUCGUUCCUUGAUGUCAAAAUCCACCGUAUGGACACUCAAUUGUCGUUUGAUUGGUUUCAAAAACCAACAGCAUCAGGACGUCUGAUCAACUUCCGUGACAAAAGAUUCUACCAUUCAAAUACCAUCAAAGUGACCAAAAUUUUAAGCGACAAAGGUUUCCCGCCAGCAAUUAUUCGUGGCUUAAUUUUACAACAACAAUGCAGACGCGCUAAACAACAAAGUGAGGUUAACAACAAAGGAUACUUCAAAAGCAUUGUUUACGUUCCAAAACUGGCUGAGAGUUUUAAGCAAGUUGUCGCCAAAAACAUCCAAGAUGUCCGAUUGGCUUUUAAAUCUAACCAGACAAUUAGACACCUUUUCACCAAACUAAAGACCAAAAUAGACAGAGAUAAACGCACUGAUGUGAUUUAUAAAAUAAACUGCAAAGGCAAACCUGACGAAACAUGUAACCUUUGCUACAUCGGAACCACCAAACAAUUCUUGCGCCAAAGAUUGUCCAACCACAAAUCUGACAUCAAAAACUAUAACCUGGCUAAAACCGCAUUGGCGGCCCAUUCAAUAGACAAAGGUCAUUCUCCGGAUUUCGAUGGUGUUAAAGUUCUUCAAACGGAAAAACAUACUUCUAAGCGAUAUACACUCGAAACGCUCCAUAUCCUGAACAACAAAAACAAUAUGAAUCGCAAGCAAGACACACAGAGUAUAUCAUCUGUAUAUUACUCACUUGUUUCCUCAUAA